AUGUCUAUGAGUCGAAAGUUUUUUAGAGUUGAAAGUGGCCAUGAUUUAUUUGCCGGUUUGAAUAGAGGUGUCAUUGCGGCGGAAGGGAACAGGUGGACUUUUGAAAUUGCCUCAGAAGUUGCUAAUAAAGUUGGUGGAAUUUAUACAGUCAUCAGAUCUAAAGCAUGGAUCACUACUGAAGAAUUAGGAAACCAAUUUGCUUUAAUUGGACCUUACAAGGAAUCUUCUGCGAGAACUGAAGUUGAAGAAAUGGAAUUUCCAUUAGGUUCGCCCUUACAGUUAGCAGUUGCUAGGACAAGGGACUUGGGAUAUAAGGUGCACUGUGGUACUUGGCUUGUUGAGGGUAAUCCUCAAGUUAUUUUAUUUGACAUUGGCUCAGCAUCAUGGAAACUUGAUGAAUUUAAACAGGAAUUAUGGUCCAAUACCAAAAUUGGUAUUCCUCAACCUGACAUUGAAACUAACGAUGCCUUAAUUCUUGGGUACAUGGUUGCUACAUUUCUUGGUGAGUUUAAAAAGGCAGCUGAAGAAUUAUCCGACACUCAACCUAAGAUUUUAGCUCAUUUCCAUGAAUGGCAAGCUGGUGCUGGUCUAAUAGCAGUUAGGACGAGAAAAAUUGAAAUAGCUACAAUAUUUACAACCCAUGCAACUCUGCUUGGUCGAUACUUAUGUGCUGGUAAAACAGAUUUUUAUAACAAUUUGCCUCAUUUCAAUGUUGAUGAAGAAGCAGGUAAAAGACAGAUUUAUCACAGAUACUGUUUGGAACGAGCAGCUACCCACUUGGCCAAUAUUGUUACAACUGUAUCUGAUGUUACUGGGCUUGAGGUGGAGCAUCUGUUAAAAAAGAAACCAGAUGUCAUUACUCCAAAUGGUCUAAAUGUUAUCAAGUUUUCUGCCCUUCAUGAAUUCCAGAACCUUCACGCAAUGGCUAAAGAUAAGAUUCAUGAAUUUGUUCGAGGUCACUUUUAUGGACAUUAUGAUUUUGAUUUGGACAAAACUUUGUAUUUUUUUACUGCUGGGCGUUAUGAAUUUAAUAAUAAAGGGGCUGACAUUUUUAUUGAGAGUUUAGCUAGACUGAAUCAUUAUCUGAAGGAAUCGCAUUCUGAGGUCACUGUUGUUGCCUUCUUGAUAUUUCCAGCUAAAACAAAUAACUUCAAUGUUGAAACAUUAAGAGGCCAUGCAGUUACAAAGAGUUUAAGAGAUACAUUAAAUGAUAUCCAAUCUAAAAUUGGGAAGAGGCUAUAUGAAAUUUGUUUGAGUGGGCGCAUGCCAGAGGAGAAAGAAUUGUUAACUAAAGAAGACAAAAUGAAAAUGAAACGUUGUUUAUUUGCCCUGCAAAGAUAUGGACUUCCUCCGGUUACUACGCACAAUGUUGUAGAUGACUGGAAUGAUCCUGUUUUGAGUGCUGUAAGGAGAUGUCAACUUUUUAAUACAGUUCAUGAUAGGGUCAAGGUUGUAUUUCAUCCAGAAUUCCUUAAUUCUACGAAUCCUUUGUUUUCAUUGGAGUACGAAGAAUUUGUUCGGGGAUGCCAUCUUGGUGUUUUCCCAAGUUAUUAUGAACCGUGGGGUUAUACACCAGCUGAAUGCACUGUUAUGGGAAUUCCUUCAAUUACUACAAAUUUAUCAGGUUUUGGUUGCUUCAUGGAACAACAUGUCUCAGAUCCUCAGUCAUACGGUAUUUAUAUUGUCGAUAGACGGUUUAUGGCAGUUGAGGAUUCUAUCAAACAGCUUGCUAGAUAUAUGUAUGAUUUUACUAAAUUUACGAGACGUCAAAGGAUAAUCCAGAGGAACCGUACUGAAAGGCUUAGUGACUUACUUGAUUGGAGAAGUCUUGGAGUUUAUUACCGACAAGCUAGGCAAAAAGCAUUACAAAAAGUUUAUGAUGAUAUUCCAUCCCUUGAAGAAGAAGAUAAGAUGAGAGGCUUUAAAUAUCCCAGACCAUAUUCGGAACCACCAUCUCCUUCUGCAAACACUCCUUAUCAUUCUGACACUGAAGAUGAAGUUGAUGAGGAAAAAGAGCUUGCAGAACUUGGGGUGAAUGGGCAAUGA